AUGAAAAUUGAAUUAUUGUUACUUUUUCUACCAUUAUCAAAGCGAAGCUUUUCUAUUCAAAAAAAAUAUCUAUCUAUCUAUCUAUCUAUCUAUCUAUCUAUCUAUCUAUCUAUCUAUCUAUCUAUCUCAUUCUUUCUAUCUAUCUAUCUAUCUAUCUAUCUAUCUAUCUAUCAUUUGGCCAUAUUUAUGUAUAUGUAUAACUAUAUAUUUAACAUCAACCUAUCUAUCUAUCUAUCUAUCUUAAUUUGUCCAUAUUUAUGUAUAUGUAUAUCUAUAUAUUCAACAUCAUCCUAUCUAUCUAUCUAUCUAUCUAUCUAUCUAUCUAUCUAUCUAUCUCUUUUCAUACCUAUCUAUCUAUCUAUCUAUCUAUCUAUCUAUCUAUCUAUCUAUCUAUCUCAGUCUCUUCAUGUGCACAUUUUUAUUGCUGGUAAUAUUUUCUAUCUAUCUAUCUAUCUAUCUAUCUAUCUAUCUAUCUAUCUAUCUAUCUCAGACGCUCACCAGAUAGCGGAGCACAAUUGA